AUGCUGCAGGAAUCAUCGACAUUGAAAAGGAGGGUGGACGCUGUCCGUGCAGCUGUCGACACCAGACAUGAGCAGGCCACUGCUCAUUGCUCACCCAUUCAGACAUCCACACAGGAAGCAGCCAAUGGGGGCACAUUUGACUGGGCGCGGCAGUGGUACCCCCUGGCAUUCGUGGAGGACCUGGAUCCGGGCAGGCCACACGCGAUGGAGCUGCUGGGGAAACGCUUAGUCAUCUGGUAUGACUCGCGUCAGCACAAGUGGACCGCCUUUGAAGACCGCUGCCCCCACAGGCUUGCUCCUCUGUCAGAGGGGCGGAUAGAGCCGUCGGACGGAACGCUGAUGUGCUCGUACCACGGGUGGCGUUUCAGGGGUGACGGUGCAUGCACGCGCAUCCCCCAGGCGCUUGAUGCCCGGGCCGAGGACACCGCCUGCUCCAGCGGCCGCUCCUGCGCAGCCGUGCACCCCACACAGGUGUCGCAGGGGUAUGUGUGGGUCUGGGGGGACUGCAGCGCCAGCGCGGCGGCUGAGUCGGCGCUGAUGCCGCCGUUACUCAUCCCAGAGCUGUCACCUGACGACACCGGCCAGGCGACUGACGGCGGUCCAGUCAUCUCUGCCGCCAGCCGAUACGCCCGAGACCUACCCUACAGUUGGGACGUUCUAGUGGAGAAUUUUCUGGAUCCCUCCCACGUCAGCUUUGCCCAUCACGGCGUGCAGGGCAACAGGGAAUCUGAGAAUGUGGGUGUCUUCGAGAUAUCUCCCACAGACCGGGGGGACCCGAUGCACCCCCCGCAGGAGGCCAUCAGCAUGGAUGUCAAGAGCGCCGCGUUUGGAACGCGCGGCGGGAAGGUGAAGUGGAGCCAGAUGCCAAUGUUUGUGGUCCCGACAGGCCCCGGGCGCAGCCGCGUGCUCUGGUGGCUGAUCGUGCAUGCGGACGGCUUGCCGGCGCCAUUUCGUGCGCUGGCCGGCCUGAAGCCGCGCUGGGCCGACCACCUCACCCGCAAUUUAGUGUUCGACGGGGACAACAUCAUCCUCCACAUUCAGGAACGGGUGCUGGCUGAGGACAGGAGGAAGGGUGGAAGCUGGAGGCGUUCCUACUUCAUGCCCACCCAGGCUGACAGGAUUGUGACGGCGUUCCGGCAGUGGUUUGAGGAGAGGGCCGGCGGGGGGCCCAUAGCAGGGAACGCUGAUGCAGACCGCAUCGAGCCCAGCAGAGCUGUGCUGCUCGACCGCUACUCCUCGCACACUCGCCACUGCAAGAGCUGCUCUCAGGCACUCGGAGUGGCGAAAGUGCUGCAGGUAGCAGUGACAGCGCUCGCUGUGCUGUCUACCCUUGGCCUGGCAUACUGGGUGGGUUCCAGGGGUGGGCAGCCCCCUCUGGUGACAGCAGGGAUCUUUCUGCUGGCAGCUGCGUCCACUGCAGCUACUGUUUGGCUGCGCAACCUGGUGCAGAAGUUCUAUUUUGUAGACUACGUGCAUGCAGACAAGCACUGA